CGCAAUGUAUCGGAAAAUCUAGAGAAGUUCGCUAGUUUUUCAUGGUCUGCAUAUUUUACUGUUGCUUUCUGCGGUAGUAAAAUCUACCGUCGUCCGCUAACCUCCUUUAUAUUGGUCAGCCACAAUCCUUGUGCGCGUUCCAAGCAAUGCUCUUGAUUACACAAGAUCUUGGCGACGCUGCAAACACAUACGCGGUGAUAUCUCCACUCGGAAGAGGUGCUUAUAGAGCAUACCACCUAUACUCUUGGUCAUCACUGCUUCCCUACCUUUGGGGCCACUUAUAAGGUCAUCAAGACGGACGGAGACACCAACAGUGGGUUCCACAUCCUCACAGCUUCGUCUUAUUCACCUCUCGCACUUCGUACACACCAACCAUGUCGUACGGCAGGCAGUUCACUCUCUUCAACCACAAGGGUGGCCCUAACGGAUGGUAUGUUGCAUUCAUCUUCGAGGAGCUAGGCUUGACCUACGAGAACGUGUUCCCCGAAAUAAACAUGAGGGCACACAAGGGCCCCGAGGACCUUGUCAAGUACAACCCGAACGGUCGUAUCCCUGCGCUCAUCGACCACGGCAACAAUGAUUUCGUCAUCUGGGAGUCCAAUGCGAUCAUACAGUACAUCGUCGACAAAUAUGAUAAAGAGCGCAAGAUCUCCUUCGCACCCGGCACGGAGGAGUACUACACCCAGCUCCAGUGGCUGUACUUCCAGGGCUCUGGCCAGGGUCCGUACUUCGGCCAACUGGUCUGGUUCAUCCUCUACCAUCCGGAGAAGCCGCAGAGCGUCCUCGACCGCUACACGAACGAGACCAAGCGUGUGCUCGGGGUCCUUGAGGGCGUGCUCUCGAAGCAGGAGUGGCUUGCCGGCAACAAGCUCACCAUCGCGGACAUCUCCUUCUUCACCUGGAACGAAAUCAUCGUUGCUAGUUUCCUCGAAAACUUUGACUUCGAGAACGAGUUCCCCGUCACCGCCAAGUGGCAUAAGAGGAUUCUCGAACGCCCCGCUAUCAAGAAGAUCUGGGAUGAGCGUGCUAGGCUCUCCGCUCAGAAGUGAAGUUUACACGGGUGAUUGCGUAGAAAUAAUCUCUGGAUAGCUGGAAUGCAUUCCGAAUGAGCGCACUACUAGCCGUGGCUCGCGAAUACAAAUCAUACUGUUUGCUGCCUGUGAUCGAGU